CAGCAAGGAAGUUCACUGGAGUGAAAUGGAGGCCUCAGUAAUACUGCCCAUUCUGAAGAAAAAGCUAGCCUUCCUUUCAGGAGGAAAGGACAGACGCAGUGGACUCAUUUUGACAAUUCCAUUAUGCCUCGAACAGACAAAUAUGGACGAGCUGAGUGUCACUUUGGACUACCUACUCAGCAUUCCAAGUGAGAAAUGUAAGGCCAGAGGAUUUACUGUGAUUGUGGAUGGCAGAAAAUCACAGUGGAAUGUGGUGAAAACAGUAGUAUUAAUGCUACAGAAUGUUGUUCCAGCCGAGGUAUCCCUUGUUUGUGUAGUGAAGCCAGAUGAAUUCUGGGAUAAGAAAGUAACACACUUUUGUUUCUGGAAAGAAAAGGAUAGACUUGGCUUUGAGGUUAUUUUAGUGUCUGCAAAUAAGUUGACUCGUUACAUAGAGCCAUGCCAGUUAACAGAAGAUUUUGGUGGGAGUCUUACCUAUGAUCACAUGGACUGGUUAAAUAAGAGGCUGGUUUUUGAGAAGUUUACAAAGGAAUCUACAUCAUUAUUAGAUGAACUUGCUUUGAUUAACAAUGGAAGUGAUAAGGGAAAUCAGCAAGAGAAAGAAAGGUCUGUGGAUUUAAACUUUCUUCCGUCUGUUGAUCCUGAAACAGUUCUUCAGACAGGGCAUGAGUUGUUAUCUGAAUUACAGCAGCGUCGAUUUAAUGGCUCUGAUGGAGGGGUCUCAUGGUCUCCUAUGGAUGAUGAACUGCUUGCACAGCCACAGGUUAUGAAAUUGUUAGACUCACUCCGAGAGCAGUAUACACGCUACCAGGAAGUAUGCAGGCAGCGCAGUAAGCGCACACAGUUGGAAGAGAUUCAGCAGAAGGUGAUGCAGGUUGUGAACUGGCUUGAAGGGCCUGGAUCGGAACAACUAAGAGCACAAUGGGGGAUCGGUGACUCUAUUCGGGCUUCCCAGGCCCUGCAGCAGAAGCAUGAAGAAAUUGAGAGCCAGCACAGUGAGUGGUUUGCAGUGUAUGUGGAGCUCAAUCAGCAGAUUGCAGCGCUCUUGAAUGCUGGGGACGAGGAAGAUCUUGUGGAGCUGAAGUCUCUGCAACAACAGCUUAGCGAUGUUUGCUAUCGACAGGCCAGUCAACUAGAAUUUAGGCAAAAUCUCCUACAGGCAGCUCUUGAAUUUCAUGGUGUAGCCCAAGAUUUGUCUCAGCAGUUGGAUGGCUUAUUAGGGAUGUUGUGCGUAGAUGUAGCACCAGCUGAUGGAGCAUCGAUUCAGCAAACUUUAAAACUGCUUGAAGAGAAGCUGAAAAGUGUUGAUGUGGGGUUGCAAGGCUUGAGAGAAAAAGGUCAAGGUCUCCUGGAUCAGAUCUCCAAUCAGGCAUCUUGGGCCUACGGAAAAGAUGUAACCAUUGAAAAUAAAGAAAAUGUGGACCACAUACAAGGAGUGAUGGAAGAUAUGCAGCUUAGAAAACAAAGAUGUGAAGACAUGGUAGAUGUGCGAAGAUUGAAGAUGCUUCAGAUGGUACAGUUGUUUAAAUGUGAAGAAGAUGCUGCCCAGGCAGUAGAAUGGCUAAGUGAACUUCUGGAUGCUCUGCUUAAGACCCACAUCAGAUUGGGUGAUGAUGCUCAGGAAACAAAGGUUUUACUGGAAAAGCAUAGGAAAUUUGUUGAUGUUGCACAGAGUACCUACGACUAUGGUAGACAGUUGCUGCAGGCCACAGUUGUGCUAUGCCAGUCUUUGCGCUGCAGUUCACGGUCCUCAGGGGACACACUUCCUCGACUGAACAGAGUGUGGAAACAGUUUACAAUAGCAUCUGAAGAGAGAGUGCACAGGUUGGAAAUGGCUAUCGCAUUUCACUCAAAUGCUGAAAAGAUUUUGCAAGACUGUCCAGAAGAGCCUGAAGCUAUUAAUGAUGAGGAGCAAUUUGAGGAAAUCGAAGCAGUUGGGAAAUCACUUUUGGAUAGACUAACUGUUCCUGUAGUUUAUCCUGAUGGAACUGAACAGUAUUUUGGGAGUCCAAGUGAUAUGGCUUCUACUGCAGAACACAUCAGAGACAGGAUGAAACUAGUCAGUCUCAAAAGGCAGCAGCUGAGGCACCCCGAAAUGGUAACCACGGAGAGCUAAUGUCCUCAGCUCCCACAGAUCUGCAGCCUCAGCUCAUAAGACACAUUUCACAGCAGGAUAAACCUCACUUCUUCCCACAACAUGUCUCUCUCUAAAUGCUAACACGUCUCUCCACUAUGAAGUCAUAAUCACUUAACAUGCUUUGAGACUAUAGACUCCAGGUAUCUAUUUUAAAGAAAGAACUGUAAACAUUGCACUGAAUACUUGCUUUCAAGCUUUACCUGACUUGUCAGUUUGUGGAUGAACAACUGAUAAUAAGCUUUGAAUGGUGCUCAUAUGAGUUUGGGAAUUCUCUUUAAAAACAUGGUUGCCCUUCUUCCCCAGGUAAUGUAGUAUAUUUAGACCAUAAUGAAACUGUUAGUAGAUAGUGGUGUCUUCAGAAUUUUACUUUGUAAUUCUUUGAAAUUGAUUAUUUUUAAUGUGUCCAUAUAGAGAAAACCUUUCAGAUCUUUGAUAUAUUCGUUGAAAGACAUUUUCCUAUUUGUAUCAUAAUGUGUUAAAAGUUGUUUGUGCUUAAUAAAGGUCUUCUUUAAACAUUUUAUUUAAUUUGGUAGUUAUAUCCUACUUCCAAACAUGAAUAACUUACUAAAAAGGGCAUUCUUAGGAUUCUGAGGAUGGUUUAAUAAUUUGUUUUGAUGGCGGUUGCAUGUAUUUUAGCCAGGAAUUUCAUAUGUAUGCAUGUGUAUAUAAUAAAUAAGCAUGUUUUAUCAACAAAAAUAAUUGUGAAGAACAUUUUAGGUCUUUAAAAAUGUAAUAAUGGAGUACUAUUUUUAAUUUUUCUCUUGAAAAAAUACUAUUCAAAUUACUAAUUACCCUGAAGAUAUUUUGCUUUGGGAGAGGAGGGCUGAGGAAGAAGGCAUGCAUAAUUAUUUCAGUGUAAUACUUUAUAUCACAGUCAUUAUUCUGGAACUAAAGCAGAAACUGUUAAUAAUAUUUAAUAUCAUGACACUAGAGGCAAAUCAUUCUGAAGAGGUUUAAUCACAAAACUGUACAGAUUCUUUAGAAAUAAAAUUUGUCAUAAAAUGA